AAUUAACCUAAGUUUAUAUUGACAUUUGUUUGUCAAAUAUUUUUGGUGAUUAUAAUAUUACGGAAAACGCAAAUUUCGAAUAUUUAUAGAUACUACAUUUAAUUCUUCGAAAAUAUUUUCUUACGUGCAUGUAUUUGAAAACACUAUAAGCUUUAUUCAGAACAAUGGCCGCGGCAACGGACGAAUUAAUGCUCCUCGAGCGAGUGUUUCUCCGUUUGGGCUCCGCCGAGACGGACGAACAACUGCAAAAUAUCCUUUGCAAAUUCCUACCGCCCGUAUUACUAAAAUUAUCUUCCCAACAAGAAGGCGUCCGGAAGAAGGUUAUGGAAUUGUUGAUUCACGUAAACAAACGCAUUAAAACCAGACCUCUAGUUCAGCUACCGAUCGAGGCCUUGUUGACCCAAUAUCAAGAUCCCGCAGCCACUUCAUUCGUAACCAACUUCACUAUAAUUUAUUUAAAAUCCGGAUUUCCUCGGCUGCCAGUCGACAAACAGGCCGAGCUGGUUCCCAUCGUACUCAACGCAUUGGAGAACAAACCGCAAUCUCACGUAGACAGUUUACUCGUACUGAUCAUCCCCGUAUUGGGUAAAGUAAAGGUCCCCACGGACCCGGAGAGGAUCCGCCAUUUGUUCGGUUUGAACGAGAAGCCUUUGAUCAAAAAAAACCUGCUGGAGAUUCUACUCGAUAUGAUACUGUUGCCCUAUAGCGCGUUGUCGCCGCAAAACGAUAACGAUAGUCAAUCUAGUAAUGUAUCUCUACCGGUUCCUCCUGGUUUAAGCGAAGCCUCGUACAAGAGGGUGUCUAAUAAUAAUCCUAUGAAACCCGAGGAACUCGAAGAAAUCAAAUUGGGUAUUGUUAAGUUCUUAUCGCACGGUGUGUUCACCAACGAAGAAAUCUUGCCUCAUCUAGUUAUAGCCGUAUCGGAUACCAGAUUCGGAGUGGCCAAUUUGGCGGAUACGGAACUGAAAAAAAUUAUCGGCGCCGUCGAUUGGUCAUCUCCGCAAACGGCUCUACCGUUGUACAAUUUGUACCUGGGAAGUCCCGGCAAAACGGCGAAACCCGAUCAGAAAAAGGCCCCGGCGAAUACGAGGAUUCGCCUGAAAUUGCUCUCGUCUUUAUGCAGAGUCACCGGAACGGGAUUCGCGUUCCCGCAAUGCAUACAGAUCGUUUUCGAUUCCUUGUACGGAACGAACACCAACACCAAAUUGAAGACUCUAGCUCUCAAUUUCGUUAGAAACAUCAUCAACACAGCCUCCGAGAACCCGUUGAGCAAAGUGGCCCCGGUCCUCCUAUCCGGCUUGCAGAAGCUCAUCAAAGAAGGCGAGGAGUCCCUUCACGGGCAGACUUACACAACCAUCGGUAUGUUAGCCCAACGAUUUCCUAAAAUCGUCUACCACGAUGUGGCUUUGCUGGAAACUUACUUUACGAAUAUGGAAACGGCCAAUCCGGAGCUCCGAUUGCAAAUCAGAGAGGGCGUGUUGAAUUUAAUCGUGGCUUAUAAAUACGAUAAUAUACCGGAGGAAUGCGACAAAGAUGGUAGAUUGAACAUUUUAUUCUUGUUGAUAAAAUGUAAAAUUUUAUCGGAUGAACCGAUGGUGAGGUUCGCUGCUGUGAGGACAUUGGCUACGAUAUUUCCACCUAAUCACGUAUCGUCUAAGUACCUUCUUUUAGUAGCAACUGGUGAUAAUAAAGAGGAGGUUUCUACUGAAGCGUUUAAAUCGUUGUACGGAACCAACAGGAAAUUCGAUGUGGAUUUAUCUAAAGAGAAAAUAUCGAUGCCUUCGUUCGAAGAAAUCAUCCAUUACGUAUCGACCGAAGCCGAAGCGACUUUGAAGGCUAAAAAUAAAUGUUUUGCAGUGGGGAAUCAUCUACUACCGUUUAACGUUAAUACUUACAAAGAGAUAUUGAUAUAUUUAAGGCUGUGCCUAGUGAAGGAUUUAGACGUGCCUCUUAGUAGGGAAAUUUUGAAACAUCCCUGCGAAUAUACGCCGAUUAUCGCUGCUCAUCUUCGAGAAAAAAUCAAACAAAGUAGUGUGAAAUUAGAACAACAACCUCUAAUUCGAUACGCCAAUUUGAUAAGAGACUUAAUGAUAGCCAAUCCAGCACCCGAACCGUUAUGUUGUAUGAUAGAACUAAUCGGUUGCUUGCCUAUAGUACACGAACACAUCCUCAAAAACCUCCAAUGGAUAAAGGAUCAAUUAUCGAACACCAAAGAGGAAAUACGAGAAUUAACGUCGCUACUUUACGCGUUGCUUCUCACGUUUUCGGCGAAAGAUGCCGAUUUUACAAUCGCCCUAAAAAAUCUAAUAACUCAAACGAAUGCCAAGAACUUAGAGGCUCAACACGGAGCUUUACUCGCCAUCGGUAGAUGUCUAGAGAUCAAAACCGAACAGUGCAAAAAGGAAACUUACGCGAAUGGCGUGGAACUCGUCAAAUCUAGCAUCGAAAGUUUAGUUCAAAAUUUGAAGCACCAGAGCCCUCUGUUGGUGAGCGCCGCUUGUACCAGCAUCGGUUUGCUAGGUAGAGUCGGUCUGUUGCCUUUGGAGGACGGUAAACCUUUGAAAAACGGCAGUCCAGAUCCAAAACGCAUGGCUGUCGAUACGAUUACCAAAAUGGACGUCGUUAAUUGCCUGUUAGACAUCAUGAACAACGCGAAAUUGUCGCCGAAAGUGCGCGAAAAGGCCGCCAGGACGUUGGGUUUGCUCUGCGUGGCCGGCAAAUUCCCCCAUUCCAGGGAAAUCCUGCAAGGAUUACUCAACACAGCCAAAGAGACCAAAGACAUCGAAGUCCACUUUACGAUCGGCGAAUCGCUAGUGAUGUGUUGCCAGGGCGUGUGGUCUCCGGAAGCCCGAAAUCCCUGGACCACUUUACCUAAAGACUACAUGCCGAUCGUGAACGAACCCCAAGCCGACGAUAGUCUCGAAUGGUUGCUCAACGAGUUACUGAACAUGGCGAAAAUGUCCCAUCCCAAUGCGAAACAAGCCUCGAGCAUCUGGCUACUGGCUGUCAUAAAAUACUGCGGCGAACGAGAGCCUAUAACCAAGCGAUUGAAGUUGUUGCAGAACGUGUUUAUGGAGUUUCUGUGCGAAAAUAACGAUAUCAUACAAGAUGUGGCUUCGAAAGGUCUGUGCGUCGUAUACGACACCUACAAAUCGCAGGAUUUGCUCGAAACGUUGGUGAAACAAUUAACUUCUGGUAGUAGACAAGUAGCGCAAGUUAGCGACGAUACGAAAUUGUUCGAGGAAGGACAAUUAGGAAAAUCGCCCGUCGGAGGUAACUUGACGACUUACAAGGAAUUGUGUUCGCUGGCGUCGGACUUGAACAAGCCCGAUUUGAUCUACCAAUUCAUGCACCUGGCCAAUCACAACGCCAUGUGGAAUUCGAAGAAAGGCGCCGCCUUCGGGUUCACGAGCAUAGCCGAGAAAUGCGGCGAGGAUCUGAAGAAUUAUCUGCCGGUAAUCAUACCGAAAUUGUACCGAUACCAGUACGAUCCCACGCCCAACAUACAAUCGUCCAUGCACAACAUCUGGCGGGUUUUGGUGCCCGAACCCGGAAAAAUCUUAGAUACUUAUUACAACGAAAUCCUGGCCGAUAUUCUAGCGAAUAUAAACUCGAAUCAAUACAGAGUACGACAGUCGUGUUGUCUGGCCCUGCAGGAUUUCCUUAAAGGAUCCGCUAAUCGUUCUAUACACGAUGCUGUGGAUUCUAUGGACGAAUUGUGGACGAAAUUAUUCAGAGUUAUGGACGAUCAUCACGAGCAAACCAGAACUACGGCUAAUCGAACUGGUAGAAUUCUAAGUAAACUGUGCAUUCGAGGCUGUGAUAUUAGCCAAGGUAAAAUGGGCGUCGCGAUGCUUCAAGCCAUUUUACCCAUAUUGCUCAACGCGGGCAUCACGAGCGCCGUCACCGAAGUGAGAAUUAUCAGUUUGCAAACCGUUUCGGAACUGGUAACAUCGGCGGGCGCCCAACUGAAACCGUUCCUGCCCAAAUUGAUACCGGCCCUGCUGCAGGCGAGCGGCGAGAUGGAAUCCACGAAAUUGUCGUAUUUGAGCACGCGUCUCGGCGCCCAGCAGCGUCGGGACGCGCAGGAGGCGCUCGACAGCGCCCGGGCGUCGAUCGCCAAGUCGCAUUUCACCACCGAAACCGUCACUAAAAGUUUACAAUACGCCGACGCUAGUAUACUAGAAGAAUUGGUACCGAAAGUGAUCGAGUUAAUGAAAGGUUCCGUGGGUUUGAGCACGAAGAUCGUUUGCGCUCAUUUCAUAACGCUGUUGGUAGUUCAAAUGGGACGAGACGUCCAACCCUACACUGGGAAGUUUCUGGCGGUUUUGAUCAACGGUUUGACGGACAGGAAUUCUGUAAUCAGGGAAUACAACGCCACAGCCAUCGGUCAUUUGGUCGCCACAGCCAAGGAGAGCAGUUUAGAUAAACUCACGUUGAAAUUGCGCAAGUGGUAUUUCGAACGAGAAGACGAUUCGAUGAGAUCCGCCAUCGCUCAAACCAUCCAAGCGAUCGGCAUCCACAAUCAGGACGUGAUCAAAUCCCAUUCGGACGUGAUUUUACCGCUGGUGUUUUUCGCCAUGCACGCCGAGAAAACACCCGAAACCGAACGAACGUUGGAAAUAUGGAAGGAAAUUUGGUCGGAGCAAAGUCCCGGCACCGAAACGGGCAUCAGGCAAAAUUUGAAAAACAUCUGCGACAUACUCACGACCGCUUUGGAGUCGCCUUCGUGGACCAUGAAAGCGCAGGCAGCCAAUGCGGUUUCGACGAUUUCGGCCAAACUGGGAGUAUCGAUGGACGCCGAACACAGGAAUUCGUUAAUAUCGAUAUUACUGGCCGGUUUAUCGGGAAGGACUUGGAACGGCAAAGACAGAUUACUGAAAGCUCUGGCGAGCAUUUGCAGCCAUUGCAAGGAAGCCGUAAAAACCGAUCCGAACGUAGACACAUCGAAAAUAAUCGAGGCCGUGUUGAAAGAAAGCAAAAAGGACGAGACCGUGUACAAGAUAAGCGCCCUGCAGGCCUUAGGCGACAUCGUAUCCUCCUUGGAAAUCGACAAAUUCAAAGAAAUCUACGAAAUCAUACAAACGAUUAUAAUCGACGACAACGAAUCGAAAGACGACGACGCCGAUUUGACCGCCGAAGAGACGAGCAAACGCCGCGAGAACGACGUCAAACUGAAAGAAACCGCCUACGAGACGCUCGGCAAAGCCUGGCCCUCUAACGGCGAAUCCACGCAACAGAUCUACAGGCAGCAAUUCGUCGAACACACCGUCGAAUAUCUACCGAAGCUCGCCAGAUCGGCGCAGGUGAGCGUCGUCGCGGCGCUCGACCGGUUCGUCGACAAACUGACGCUGUUGGCCGACGAAGAUCUCGCCGAAGCCGACGAGAAGAGCCUCGAGCUGAUCGUGGAGGACGUGCUGAAGGCGGUGAGGUACGCGCUGAGCAUCGGCAAGCACACGCGCCUGCGCAAAGAGGCGCUGAACGUCGUCUACACGUUGGGCACGAGGUUGAAGGGGAGGCGCAGGGAGAAGGAGUUGGACGGGUUGAGGAGGAUGUUUAAUGGCAUGUUGCCUGAUAUUGCUGUCGAUACGCAGCCGGAGAUUAAAUCGCGGGUGGUGGAUAUCAAGAAGUUGUUGAACGAUUAGGAUUUUAGCGGUUUUUAGUUGUGUAAUUGUUUAAUUUAAUAAAUUAUGUAAUCUUGU